AUGUCAUCCAAACUUAGACCAUACUCCUGUGUAACCUGUUGUAAGCGCGUAAAGACUAGUGAACGAAGACCGCUUUCUGGAAAUAAAGCUCUUCGAAAAUUUCUGUCCAAACGAUUUGUGACUGACUUGAAUGAAAGUGACGUAGUUUGUAAUAAAUGCAGGCAACUGUUUUACUAUUCUCUGAAACAAGAAUCCCAAUACCCGGGACUCAAUCCUAAUUCUGACAAAGAAAAUGUUGCCCCACUGGAAAUACGUACGACACUUCCUAUUCCGUCUACUGGAUAUCGACAUGAUGCUUGUGCAGUUUGUGAAAAGAAACCACGCAAACUUGUUGUCAUUCCUGAACAGUCACGACUUGAGAUGUUUGUACAACUUGGUGUGUUCAUGAAAGAAGGUUCAAGAUGUUGUCCUACACAUAUUCAUGGCGGGCAUAUGACCUCAGAGGCGUUAAAUCAAGGCGUGUCGGAUAGAAUUAGAAAAUCAACGUCUUUCAGUGUUGAAGGCAUGAACGAUCUCCUCGACAGUCUCAGAAAUUAUGCAAAAAGAAAUGCUUCUAUUCGUCUGGAUUUUGACAGCGAGGCCUCACUAACGUCAGAGGAUUAUCAUAAUCUUACAGGAUUGACCCGAACCCAGUUUGAUGAUCUAAUGGCUAAUGUUUUGGAAAUAAAGUCUUCAAAAUCUAGAAGCAUCCGCACUUGUGUUGCGAUUUUGCUGAUGAAAUUGAGAUGUGCCUUGGACAACAAGAUGCUGGCUACCCUUUUUAAUAUGAAAAAAUGGCAGGUACGCAGAGCCGUUUCUUCAGCCAGACGUUCCCUUAUGAGUGACUUUGUACCACAUAAUUUAGGUUUCGGACAUAUUUCCCGCGAGGACGUCAUAGCCAAGCAUACAAGGCCACUAGCACAGGAACUGUUUUCAUCUGGUCUGGCGAACUCUAUCCCAGCGUUGCUUGUUUUAGACGGGACGUACAUAUACAUCCAGAAGUCCACCAAUUUCAGCUUCUCCAGACGUUCCUUUAGCUUACAUAAGCACAGGCCGCUUGUGAAACCCAUGAUGGUUGUCACAACAUCUGGCUAUAUUGUGUCCGUCCAAGGUCCAUAUCUGUCUGACUCCAAAAACAACGACGCCGGUAUCCUUAACCAUAUGAUUAAGAAAAAUGCGGAAGAAAUGAGGAGCUGGUUAAAUGACGGUGACACGUUUAUUGUUGAUCGUGGCUUCAGGGACAGUGCUGAUGUUUUAUCUGAUAUUGGUAUCCGGAUGGAGAUGCCAUGUUUCCUUAGAGGUACAAAGCAACACACAACCGAGGAAUCGAACAGUUCCAGGUUGAUAACCAAGGUGCGCUGGGUGGUGGAGUCAGCAAACGGCAGAAUUAAGCGGUGGAAGUACCUUGACAGGACUGUGUCUAAUACACAAAUACCGUUCAUAGGGGAUUAUGUCCGCAUUGCCGCCGCUCUCUCUAACAAAUACUGUCCUCCGUUAAGUUCUGGAGCAGCUGAAGAUGAUCAAGCAAUUGCAUCCAAAAUGCUUUAUCUGUCACAAAAAGGAAACGAGCUUCGAGAAUUAGUGGAAAAUGAGGGCUGGGACAGAAGAUCUUCUCUGUGGAAAGCGAUGGAUGCCGAUGAUGUAGCCACCGACUUUCCCAUUCUAACUGAAGAGGAAAUCCGCAACAUCACAUUAGGAACUUACCAAGUUAAGAUGGCUAAGGCCUACUCACACGAACAUUUACAGGAAGAUGGCGCAUAUGACAUUCUCAUAGCAGAAGAUGUACAAAAUAUCAUCGGCGCAAAGAUUCAAAGUCGCCACGUUUCGGCCAAGAAAUAUCAGUGUUGGAUACACCACCGUGAAGGAGCGAUUCUUUCCUGGUACUGCAAAUGCAAGGCAGGGUCCCGUGUAGUCGGAUGCUGCGCGCAUAUUACAAGUGUUCUGUGGUACCUUGGAUAUGCACGACACCAGUCCACACCGGUGAAAGGAGUUCGUAACUGGGCGGACCACCUGGAUGAUGCAGCCCGUGUUGUUGAUGAGUCAGACAGUGGAUCAGAGAGUCCGACGGAGGAAUAAAUGUUGAAUGCACUUUUAAAUUGUUCUUAUUAAAAUCAGUGUUAAUCCUAUUAUCUUGAUAAACGUGAAUUGGUUUAAAGUUUUCCACUGCUAUAUCAUUAAAUGUUCUCCCUUUUUCCUUAUCUCUCAUGUUUUGUUAUGUAUAUGAAAUGAAAAUGAACACAUGAAUAUAGUUGACAAACAAUAUCAAACUGAAUAAUUAUUAUGAUACAGUAGUUUUACCGGUAACGUUUAUUUGCCAGUAUCAAAUAAUUUGUAGAAAAAUUACUGGAGAAAAAUUGGGAGUUUUGUUUUAAUGCCUACUAGGUAAUUAUAAGACGUAAAUGAAUAGUCUAUCCGUGUGUGGAAAUAUUUAACAUUGCACGAUUAUUUACCACAUUUUUUUAAAGUUAAAAAUGUAACCAAGAUUUGAGAUGCAGAGAAAACGAAAGUGUGAAAACCAGACUUAGUAAGCUUAAUUAAAAAAAAAAACAAGUGCGUCAUAUGCAUGGAGCCACAGCAAGUAGAUAAUUAGUAAUUGGAACCUAUAAUCGUAUCAAAUGAUAAUUGAGCUUUGAAUGAAAUUACGACUUCCAAAAUAACCACGUGUUGUUUGCCUUGUUCGGUUCAGUUCGAUAGAAGUACGUAUAUUAUAUUGACCGGAUAUUGGCGGGGUAUUGACGUUUCUGAAGUUUGAUCAAUCGCAACUUCUCGGGCCUUCCCGGCAGGCUCGGAAAAACACCUCGAAUGUAUUAACAUUACCGGAUGUUAGAAUUUUAUACAAAAUGGAGUCGCUUCUCAUUAAAAUAAGUAUCGGCUAGAAAGCCUUAUAAGUCGCUUCUGUGUUAUAUUUUAGGGUAAAUCAUUUACUUUAAUGAAGUCUAGCUUACAUCUCAACAGAUCGUAAAAUGUGUUGUAUUUAUAUCAAGUUUUAUAAAAAGGGGGUUGUCAUGGACGCCUAGGUAAUACAUUCGAGGUGUUUUUCCAAGCCUGCCGGAAAGGCCCGAGAAGUUG